GGGGCCGGGGCUGGGGCCGCGGCCGCGGGCUCGCUGGGCUCGGUGCUGCGGCGCUUCCUGUCCGAGUACGGCAGCGGCACGCCGAGCCGCCUGAAGGUGCUGGACGCCUACCUGCUGUACGUGCUGCUGACCGGCGCGCUGCAGUUCGGCUACUGCCUCGGCGUCGGCACCUUCCCCUUCAACUCCUUCCUCAGCGGCUUCAUCUCCGCCGUCGGCAGCUUCAUCCUCGGCGUUUGCCUCCGGAUCCAGAUCAACCCCCAGAACAAGGGCGAGUUCCAGGGCAUUUCACCAGAGCGAGCAUUUGCUGAUUUCCUCUUUGCCAACACCGUCCUCCAUCUCGUUGUCAUCAAUUUUGUUGGCUGAGCUCUACAGGAGACUGAGAGGUCUUGAAUUGCUCCUGAGCUCUGCUGCCAAAGUCUGGCAGCAGGAAGUGUAGUUCACCAUCAGACUCUUCUGUGUCUCCUUGGUAGGGCAGAGCUCAAGGUUUUUUCCCCACAAGCUGUCCUAUGGAGGGGGCUGCUGCGUCAUUACAUUACUUCAUUACUGUAAUCCUUUCUGUCAAUAAAACCCUUCAUAAUACUGCA